GUAUUCUGCAACGGCAGUUGAAGCUCCCUAGAACAGAGAUUAAGACAUUGUUUGCAUCCUGGGCAGUAGCUUUACUCUUUCUUUAGCGUUUUCAUCUCAGUCCCUACAACUGCACACUAAGACAUUUCUUACAGUACAGUUUGGGAAAAUCUUAGCAAGUGAACUGGGCUAGUUUAAUGUUAGAACUUUCAUUUGUCUGGGGUUUCAGAAAAGAGGUUUUGGUCUGCAUGUCUCAGUUUCUUGGAUUCCUGCGAGGCGUUUUUGGUUUUCUGAAAGGUGAUGGAGACAGAAAUGAGAAUGGCUCGGAGCAUAGAAACACUUCAGGGGAAACAACGGAGAGACCAUGUGAUGCACCUGUGCUAAACAGGCCCAUAACCGGUUCACGGCUGAGUAAUUCAGCAAAAGAAACUGGAUCACCAUAUGCUAAGCCAGUGGAAAGAACUUAUGAUGCUGGUAUCAGUUCAAAUAGUUCUACCAGAUAUGCACCUGUACCUUCCUAUAGGCUACCGCAAUCUUCAACAGAAAAACUUGCAUCUCCUGCAAAUUCAGCUCCAUCGAGACCUGAACUCCCAACAAGUUCUUCGACCCAAUCAGUUGUACCGAAUAUACAUUCUACUAAACCAUCUCCAUCUGUCCCAAUAUCAUAUUCUAAGCCAUCUCCUUCAUUCGCUACACAGGCAGCAUCUUCUUCUAACCCUGUUACCGCUUCACCCAAAGCACCUCCAUCAGCCUUCGGGACCUUGCCAUCUUUUAAGCAAACUUUGGCUCCAGCUUCCUCAAAUUCGAAUGAUCAGCAGAGCAAAGGUGAGUAUAUAUUGGUUCAAAAAGACUUGUCACCUAUUUAUUUGAUUCCCAGGGAUAUUCAAGAUUUGAUCAAGAGAGACGAGGUGCCUGAGAUUCUGAGAAGGCCAUUGUCUAUGUCGUCAUACAAGGAUUAUUUUGGCGCUCUUCUCUGUGCUGAGGACUACUACAUUGAGAAAUGGAGUGAGUUCAAAUUGCUGGGUAUCACUUUAAAAUUGCAAGAAGCAGCAAUCUUUAAAGGGCCAUAUAUCAGAGAAAGUUAUGAGAAGGACGAGAAAAUCUUUGUGGCAUUUAAUAUGGACUCAUCACUUGAGAAGCGGCCAUUUCUUUUAUCAAGGGACUUUGUCUUUGCAAAAUCUUCAGGAAGCAAGACUGAUCUUUUCCAGGGUAUUAUCUAUCGCGUGGAGAGAAGCACCACUAUCCUAGUUGAAUUUGGUGAAGACUUUCAUGCUCAGCAUUAUCCGUCCAUGAAGUACGAUGUUAGCUUCUCAUUUAACAGAGUUUGUUUAAAAAGGGCUCAUCAAGCUGUUGAAGCUGCCUCAGAUCCUUCGUUUGAAAGUUACAUUUUCCCUUGUUGGGGAUCAAGGAAGAUCGUCCCCUCAAGUUCACCAAAUAUUUAUUAUAAUAAUAAGCUUCAUCCAGAUCAAAACUCUGCAGUUCGACAGAUCAUAGCCAUUCAGGGGCCACCACCUUAUCUUAUUGAGGGUCAACUCUGUGUUGAUAAAAGAAAAUGGAGUCACUGCAGUUCGAACCGGCUAUCAAGAACUGGAUUAGUAGUCCAACAAGCAGUGCUUGAAAUUUUUCGAAGCUCUCGAAAGCAUCGUAUUCUCAUAUGUGCACCUAUUAACAGCACGUGCGAUGUGCUGAUGACAAGCUUGAAGGAGAUUCCUGAAACUGAAAUGUUUAGAGCCAAUGCAGCAUUUCGAGAAAUAGAUGGCGUACCAUCUGAGAUCCUUGCUUCAAGUCUUUACAAGGGAGAAUGUUUUGCUUGUCCUCCACUUCAGGAACUCCAAGAAUUUAAAGUAAUAUUGUCUACUUAUAUGAGUAGCUUUCGGCUACAUAAUGAAGGAAUUCCUGCUGGUCAUUUUAGCCACAUUUUUAUGCUGGAUGCCUCGUCAGCAGCUGAGCCAGAGGCAAUGGUGGCUCUGGCUAAUUUAGCUAAUGAAAACACAGCUGUAAUUGUCACUGGUUCACUGGGAAACCAUCCAGGUUGGGUGCGAUCCAAUAUUGCUAGGAAGAAUGGUCUGAUUAUAUCGUACUUCAAAAGACUUCGUGAAAGAAAUCCUUACGAUAUUCUAGAUUCAAAUUAUAUUACGAAGCUGGCCGACUGACUGCAAAUCAGUCAGAUGAUGUCAUCCAAAGCUUUUGUGCAAUCCAAAGUGCAGACUGCUCCAUUUAAAGAUGGUACCAUCCCCCUACUUUUGCUUUUGCGCUUUCGAGUUUGUUUCCUUGCUUGUAUACGUAUGUGAAAUCCAGAGUUUGCUAUAAGUUAAAUCUAAUUUGGUUAUCAAAAUAAUGCUUGGUAUUUUGCA